AUAAACUUUUUUCAUUCUAGUGACUUGUCGAAUAACUUAUUACGACGCAUUCCCUACAACACUUUCAAGAAUAUGGAUAAGCUGGAAAUAAUGUAAGAAUUUGUUUGUCCGUUUAAAAGCAUCUCCUGUCCACAAAUUUUCAUAAAAUCUUGUCAGCGUCUGUCUUUUCUCUAUUCCCAAUCCCUUUAAUUUAUAAUUGUGAAUCUAUUUACUGUUUCAAAAUCUUAAGCUAAAAGUAACUAAAUAUAUAAAUUUUAGAUUAACGAUGUGAUGUGCAAUUUCUGACCUUCAUAUUUUUGGAACUUACAAUUGUUUCCCUAGAAAUCUUGCCGACAACCUAAUUUCAGGGAGUUUCUACCUUCCGGAAAGUGUAUCUCAGCUGUGAGUUUUGUUAACGAUAUAUUUUUGAAAAGAUAGAAGAAACAUAUUAAAAUUCGCAACUGAUUUUUAUCCUUACAUUAAAUUGUAGCUUUUUUUUCAGAUCGUCCUUUUUUUCUUUACAUCGCAAGCAAACACAGAAGACCUUCGAUAAAUGUGAUGCAAGCAAAUACGAAUUUCCUCUUUCUCUCUAAAAAAAGACCGUCAGGUCUGCACCUUAAGCUGUUAGUUAAUGUGAAGCAAUCGAAAUAAAAGUGAACUUGUCAUCUUUGUGUCCUUUGCAAAGUAUUUACCCAGUAUAUCGGGAGAACAUUUACGGUGUUUGUUGGCUUAUGUCUCUUACCUAAUGGACGUUUUUCAAAAUGUUUUCAAACUUAGUAAAUUCAUUAAAAGUCAAUGCUAAAUAUUUUACUUGCCUAGCGUUAUCAAACACAACUUUCUAUCAAGUACUGACGCAAAAGUCAUUCUCAAAGGAUUAAAACGGCUUCGAAAACUGUAAGUACGACCUUUUAUCCUGUUCCACAUGCUUAGAGAAUCAAUAAUAUAUGUCGUACAAGUAAAAGGGAAAAUAAAGACAAAUAUGAACGUAUGGAAGUAUGGACCCGUAAGCCUAGUCCACGAUCCAGUUCUCGUUAACUCACUGCCAGCGAAUCGGAGGGGGGUAUCCGAAAGUAUUGGUUUAAAUAUUUAAUGAAAAAUUGAUUUUUUCUCUAUAGAUCCACGCUCGUGAUGAUAAUAAUAACUGCUUUCUCUGUUCUAAGUUCAAGCUCAAAACUUACCAUAUUUCUUUCAGAAGUGUCGCAAUUUUUUAAAUAAUGAUAUUUUUUUAUUAUAUAUAUAAUCUAUCGCAGUUACUCAUCUUGAAUACCUAUGUCUUGUCUAUACACGAAACGGUGAAACUUUAUCUAACAAGGAUAUCCUGCUCACUGGGCACUUUUACAGGGAUAUUGAUUCAAAUCCACUCGGACCUACUUUGCCAUCCGACAUGUUCGCUGGCUUUAGUAAGAUGGAUAUUCUGUAAGUUAGUAGCUCUAGAAAAUUCUCGAAUGAUUUCGAAACUUGUUACAAAAACGCCGAGUGCGAACGUGAUCAGUCACGUGCAUGCUUGACUACUCUCUCACUGUUCCUUUGAGAUAACGUCCCUUGUUUUAAAAAGUUUAAACGUUUUUGCCCAGCGUUUUGCUUCCGAAUGUUGUUUAUUUAGCCAACUGAUUUGUGCUCCUUUGGGUCGAUUCGGCUUUUUCUCUUUCGACUAAGUGGCCAUACCGAUAACUACGCCUCAAAUUAAAUGAUUAUUCGUUUUAAAGUGUCUGCUAUCACCAGAUCAUGUUUCGCACGAGUUACAAUCAAUUUGAUAAAGCUGGAUCAACGUAGAAAGUUGCGUUAUUUUCUUGCGGGUUCAAUUUUACAGAGAGUGAAAACAACAAAUUUUAAAUGAAAUACAUGUUUUUCACCUCUUUAGAGGUUGGCUGCCGUUCUGUAACAAAACUGUUUUAAACUACUGGUUCAAUAAUCUCCCCUCGCGAUCCAGCUCUUUCAAUAAAAUUCUUGACUAUUAAAAUAUGACUUAGGAAUGGUGUUUGUACUUUGGCUGAAAAGAAAACAAAAACAAAAACAGAAAAGCAUUGGAAGUGACAGAGAAUUCAUUAGUGAUAGACUUGUCUCAUAAAUCUGUUGUUAGAACUUUCCAUAGUUACAUUGUUUGACAGUUUCUACUCUUUCCUUCACUUCAAACUAUUUCGCGACUUUUUUUCAUAGCUCCAUGAGAGGCUGCCACCUGGAAGAUAUCGAAAAUGGAACAUUUAGAGCCAUGAAAAAUCUUACAGACCUGUGAGUGAAUUUUUUCUUGGAUAUUUUUAUUGAUUUUUCAGAUGUCCGAGCGAUUGUACGCGGUAUGCGUCAUGAGAAGAGCGGUCCGAAAGUUAUAUGUAGAUAAUGUUAACUAGAUCAAGAAGUUGUGUUUUAUUUUCUGUUGUGCAAACACUUCUCGUGACGUUUGACUUAGGCAAUCUUAGCAGGUUUAUUUUGCCGAAACUUUUCUAAGCCCGACCAUCCACAAGUCAUUAUACAUUUGUCCGUUUUUAGUGAUCUGUCCUUCAAUAACCUGACUCAUAUACACAAGGGUACGGUGGAAGGACUUACGGAUCAGCUGACAAAUCUGUAAGUAAAUCGUCGCUAAGGAACACCGUUAUUUACAGAAUAAUAAGAACUUACUAAAAAGAAAUUUUCAGGAGACCGCGAUCGUUUCUAUGGGCAGUGGUUUAAACCACGGAUAGUACCUUUGGUACCGCCUUGUUUAUUUCACAUUUGAAUAGAUGGGCUGAUUGACUUUCAUAUGCAUCUAUGCAAAGCAGAAGCAAUACGACCCUUCUUCCCUCCUCCCCCCUCGCCUCCACAGACAAAAAAAAAAAAAAAAAAAAAAAAAAAAAAAAAAAAAAAGAACUGUUUUGACUCUUCUAACAAUUGAUAGGUACCUUGACGGAAACGAAUUAGAGACCAUAAGUGAUGGAACGUUUAAACAGUUUAAAAUUCUCCAAAGAUGGUAAGUGAGACACCAAGUGCAAGAUUAACAACUAUUGUAAACCUGAAAUGCUUAUAUCUAUACCAAGAGGAUAUGACCAGUUUUUUUUUACGGCCAUGUCGCCUCUUGCCCUGAAUCCGGAGUCAUUUCGCCCAGUUUUUUUUUUUUUAGUCACAAGUAAAAACAUCGAAAUGACAUAUCCUGCUUUGUUCAACGCUUGAUCGGGAGUAGCACUAAAUAGACGUAAGUUCCCAAUCAAACGCAGAAGAUUAAAUAAUGUAUGACAGGAAGAAGAGGAAGGAAAAAAAAAUACUGAAGAAAUGAAACAUUAUUCUAGUUCGACAUGACCGCUUGAAGUGGAUAAAGUUUAAACCUAUUGUGGUAAAGAUGUCAUGAAUUAAAAACCGGCCGGAAUUAUGCUAUUUUAAAAGUUAUCUUUUAGUUUGCACUGAAAACGUUUUGCUAUGCUUUAUAUACUAUACCCUGUAGCUCCUUGCUUGUUGACCAUAUAUUAUCGAGGCCCAGAGAAGGACAUUGCUAAUUGCUAAGAGAAACACGGUAGCGUUUUGCUCAUUUGCUUUUUUCUAUUGCUGUUUGUACGAUUUCUACAGCACUCUUCGAUGGAACAAUCUAACAUCUGUACCAGAUUUGACAGGUCCUAUGGUUUUUGUAAACCUGUAAGUAUGGUGCGUCCUAAACUUCUAAACUUCAAACUACCCAACCCCCCUUCUCUCCAGGCAACCCACGGUCAUUUGACCGUUGCCAGUGCCCGGUGGGAUUUGGAACCUUGCUUUGUUGGGGUGGGCAAAUUUAACCAGAAGUGUUAAGUCUUUCCAGUGGAAUACAAGUGUUCAAUCUUUAAAUACGGAGGUGAACGUUUAAGGCAAAUAGUUCCUUUUUGAGAAGGAAAUGCUCAGAAGAAAAGGUCUACGAAGUGUAGGCUUUAAAGCUUGGUCAAUAUGUAGAGAGUCUUGGUCGCUGCGCAAGAAAAAAAUAAAAAAUGGUUGCGGCGUUUGAACAUAACUUUUGCUCCGGGGGCGGGAAUUUGAAGAAACCAAUCUUCAUAAGUUCGAAAACCCGGGGGUGCCUGGGGAGAAUGUUAAAACUUCAAUUACACGGCCUCUAGAGAUUACAAACUGGUUUAUCAUCUCCGAACGCCCUUUAAUGACAACUGGUAAAGAUGGUUAUUGUAUUAUUUCCUUCUAUUGUUGGAAAGAACCACUCGGUGUUUUUAGUUUCCACAUUUUCGUGACUUUAAUCACCCUUGCAUAAUCAUAUUCCAGUUAUUUGGAGAAAGUAAGUCUUCUCAAAAGCUUACCGCAGGUUGCCACAAAUUGAGACUAGGUUCAGUUCAAGGUGAGCGUCGAUUCAGAAGAUCUUCAACAGUGAACAAAUAGGACGCGUUCAAAUAAUUCUCAUUGAAAGACUUCGCUGAAGUAUCAAAGGUAAUACAAAGAAAAAAACUCAAAUCAGUUUUCACAAUUUUUUAAAGUUUUUGUUGUGCUUUUGGCAGAAAAUUAGAUAGUAAUCGGAUCAAAGAUAUAUCAAGACUUGCAACAUCUGGAAUUAAACACCUCUUUGAGCUGUAAGUAUACAAAUGACUUUCUUUGAGUAGACGUUUCCAGUUUGUUUCCUGCAGUAAAUUCUUGGGAUCAGAUUCAUUGGUGCGAGCGUGAUCCAUAUUUCCAGUCCGUGCAGAUGCCAUGUCUGUUUGCAGGACAGCGUAGUAGAUCGAAUUUCCCCUUACAGAAACUUCAAACUAGUGGUUAACAAACAAUUAGUUCAAACGUCAGCUACGACACGAAGCACGCGCAAAGAUAUGUCAGCAAACAAGAACCAACUAUUGACACCGAGCUUUUUUCGUGUAUACAAUAUUUCCUGCGUGCUCCAUAUCAUUAUGAAUGCACGCUGGUACAAGAAACAAUGGUAAAAUAUUAGAGAAAGCGACUUAAUUUUCUCUAUAGCAAUAAAGUUUGUCUUUCCUCAAAUUUGGGUGCAAUAAUCAAAUUCUUUCUUACGCUUUAGAACAUCAUUUUGGACUUUUGACAUCGAGUAGUUUUCGAAGAUAAAGUUAGUGGUGUUUCGUCGAAAGCAAUUACUUUAUUAAAAAGUAAAAGAUGCAAAAUGCAGGUUUUCAAAAGAUCAAGAGUGCAAUUAGAGUAAACGAGUCGACAGUUUUCAGGCUUUGAAAAAAAUUAAGAGUGCCUUUUUCAUUCCAAAUUGCACGUGAAUGAUUCUUUAUUACCUUUAACAAAAUAAUCAUGCAAAAGCAAAGAGCAUAUCACGUGCAAACUGAUUCAUUCAAAAUUUGCACAUGCUCUUGUGUUUUCAGUCAAAAGUGCCGCGUUCAGUCAAAGAAACGAUAUUCUAUUAUGUUUCAUUAUAGUCAUUAAUUUUUAUAUCAAAAGCCCCGAUACACAUUCUGUUGCCUCUUUUCGAAUUACAAAUUGCUUUUCUCGUGCAUUGUUUGGUCAAAAAAUGCAUUUCGCAAGUCAAUCAGUUUAAGGUAUUUUUUUCUUAUUUAAGUAUUGUGUAAGCCUUAACGUUCCUCGAUGUUAAGCUUAUCGGAUAAAAUUUUAAGUUUAAAAAAAAUAACACUUUUAUCUUGUAGGUUGCUGGCCAGUAAUGAAAUCGAUUAUCUUCCACCAAACAUAUUUCAAAACAUUUUCAUUAUGGACUCCAUGUAAGUAAGAUUUUAUUCAAUAACAGACAAGGAAAGUCAAACUGUUCAUGGAUUUUUAUACUAGUUAUGUAACCCCCUUGAGUGGUAUACCGUAGAAUAUCCCACGAGUUUUUGUAUUUUCUCGGUAUAUGCAUACCCCUCUGAUCUCCGUCGACCUUUCGAAUCUCCCGAAAAUAAAGUGAUAAUGGCAUAGUAGUCAUCCAAUUAGGCUGGGGGAAUUUCUGUCAGACCUCUUUCCUUUAAAAAUGAGGUAGUUCUUGAAUUAAGUUGACAAAAUUGCUGUCAUCCGAACUCGUUUUCUCCACUGCGCUUAAGUUUCUUCACUUUUCAGCGAAAACAUCAACUUCUUGAUCAGUCAGCCAUACCUUUUUGGUUAAAUAUUUAUUUUUACUGAGUUUCCGACCUCAUGAUUAACGUCCUAGGAAAAUUUGGCUCAGAAACGACUCAAAGAACACCUAAAAUAAACUGGAAUAAUUUCGGCAGAAUAAGAUCGGAAAGGGCGGCUGCAAUACUUUAAAAUAUACUACUGAUUUCUUUUAAUUCUGGUUGGUUGUAUUUUUUGAUAGCAUGGUUCCAAUAGUUAUAUAAGUAAACGCAGUAGAUGCGUCUGUUUCUUAUCCCUAAUCUUAUUCAUGUUAUCUUCCUCAUAGUGACUUGUCAUUCAACAAAUUGCAGUCCAUACCAGAUGGCCUAUUCAAUAAGCUUGGAAAAUUACAAACUUUGUGAGUAAACAUUCAGAACACUUUUCCCAAGUUAAUGAUAAAUUGUAUUUUGUUGUUAGCAGCAAUAUCCUGUUGGAAAAUGAACAUUGUUUUCGAUAAUUUCUUGCUUAUUUGCCCUCCUCCCUUAAAACCAGCCACACAAAAGCGCUGUGAAAAUUAAAGCUAACUGAUUCUACUUUUUACACAAAUGUUAUUUGCUUUCUGGGAGGUUAUAUCAUAAAAAUACUUCGAUCCGAUGUCGCAAACCUAAAUGUGACUUGCCCUGCUUCACAAAAAGUGAUAUCGUUAUUAAUAUCAUUACAGUUAUCAUCAUAACCAUUAUUAUUGUUAUUCAAACGGUACAAUUGUUCACAAUGCUCUUUUUUCUAAAUCAAGGAUGAUUAACUUCAACAACAUCUCCAACAUCAACAAUCGCACUUUUGAGGGACUUUCAAGCUUGAAGACACUGUAAGCUCCUUUUUUGGUUUUUCAUGUCUGUAAUCCCUCCUGACUGAUUAACUCACUCACUAAUCAAUAAAUUGCCUCUUGGUUUUUAUUUAUCUAUUUAUUACGUUAUUCAAUCAUAUUACGUCUACAAUCCUUUCUUAAAUAGAUUUUGUGUUUAAUACUCUUUUUCAAUUUACAGCAUGCUGAUAAAAAACAAACUGACAUUUAUUUCCAACGGUGCUUUCGAUGAAACUGCUUUGCAAUCAGUGUAA